CUAGAGUAAAUUUAUACCCAUUUUUUUUUUAAUUGAAAUUUUUAACGAAAUAAUCAAAAUGGCGGAUAGAGUUAAGGAUAAUAAUUUUAUUCAGGAGAAAAUUAAUCAAAUUUCUGAACAAAGUGUGAUAUUUCGAAAUUUUGCUGAAGAAUCCAUAUCUCAAAGUCUAAAAAUGUGUAAUUAUGCUGAAGAUUUAAUUCUAUUUGCCGAAUGUUGUGAUGGUAUUAGUAAGGAGGAUCUGUUGGAAUACUUAAAAUCACUAUCAAGAGAUUCUUUGUUAUAUAAAUCAGAAGCUACAAAAUUAAAGGAACAAAUUAAAAAUAUUGAAAAUUCUUUAGGUAGAAUUGCUAAAGAAAUUCUAAAAUAUAAUUACAAAAUUAUCAAAGAACGAAAAGAUUUAUCCAAUUACAUUGAUACGGAAAAUAAACGAACAAAUGAUGCAAAAUUAAGUGCAAACCGUAGUAAAAUAGUAGCCGGACUUGGACUUAUUACUGCAGCUGUGUCAAUUCCGCUCACAGGGGGAGCAUCCUUAGUUGCCUUGGGAGUUAGUGGUCUUACCUUUAUUGGAGGUGCGGUUACAGCUGAAAUUUCUACCGCAAAUGCUAAUACUUCAUCUAAUGAGAGUAUCAAACUAAAUUACCAAUUAGAAAGCGUUAGAGAAGAAUUCUCACAAUACCUACGAGAGAUGCGUAGUUGUCUUGAAAAUAUUACUUACAUGAUCUCUUAUUGUGAAUUCAUUGGGUUAGACAAAUUACUGAAAUUGAAGGUAUUAUCAAACUGCUGGAACGUGGCGAACAACGAAUGAAUAAAAUUACCUCUAGGAAUAUUAUGGCUAUGGCAAAGAAAAUUCGCGCGAAAUCUGAAGAGUACAGUUUGAUACUAGAAGAAUUUUUUAAAUAAUCGAUAUUCUAUAACGUAUACUUAUCAAUCUUUUUUUUUAAAAAAAAUAGUGACGCGAUGUUGGAAAAAG